CGUGUCCCCUGUAGUGCUCCUGCACUUCCUCAUUGUCAGUGAUAGCAAAGUGUUCACAGCCCAGCGACGUUUCUGACUGAAACAACACACGGCGCGUCUCGUUUGGUUUUUUUGUUUAUAUCCGAGCUUUGCAAAUGUCGAAGCCUCCUCCCAAGCCGGCCAAGCCAGGCCAGGUCAAGGUGUUCAGAGCAUUGUUCAACUUUGACCCCAGAACGCCGGACGAGCUGUACUUUGAAGAAGGAGACUUCUUGUACAUCUCUGACACAAGUGACACUAAUUGGUGGAAGGGAACAUGCAGAGGAAGGACAGGACUAAUUCCAAGUAAUUAUGUGGCUGAGCAGGCAGAGUCUAUCGACAAUCCAAUGCACGAAGCAGCGAAACGAGGGAAUAUGAGUUGGCUGAGGGAGUGUUUGGAGAACAAGGUUGGAAUCAAUGGGCUGGAUAAGGCUGGAAACACUGCCCUCUACUGGGGAUGCCACGGAGGACAUAAAGAUGUGGUGGAGCUGUUGCUAAGCCAGCCCAACGUGGAAGUCAAUCAGCAGAAUAAACUCGGGGACACCGCUCUGCAUGCUGCUGCCUGGAAGGGUUAUUCUGACAUUGUGGAAAUGUUGCUGAGUAAGGAUCCAAGGACAGACAUCAGAAACAAUGAGAAUAAGCUGGCUCUAGAGAUGGCCACCAACGCCCAGUGUGCUUCACUUCUCAAAAGGAAGCAGGGAAGCAACAUCACCCGCACACACAGCAACGCUGAAGAGUAUCUGGACGAUGAGGACUCGGACUGAGACGGCCCCCGUUGAAACACCGUCGCUGUCUUCCAUUGGGUUUGGGGGGAGGGGGGGGUCAUGGAGCUCGGGAGAUUUAUUAUAUUACAGACCUAAAAUGGAUUUGCUGCUCUGUUUCCAACUGUAAC